AUCCCCCCCCUCAGCCCCCCCACCACCCCCCUUUUUUUUUUUUUUUUUUUUUCAUCUAUUAAAGCUGCCUGAUCCCACCAGCACCAUAAGAAGAAAAAAGCAGAUUGGAAUAGGUUCCCCUCAUUAGAUAUGGCAAUGGUAGUGGGUGCGUGGCGAGACCCUCAGGACGAUGUGCCAGGAAGUCAACCUUCACAGCCCCCACCGGUGCAAGGGCCAGGGGGGGCGCCCCAGACCCCGGGGCAAGGAGUGCCCUCUACCACCCCUGCCCAGUCGAACCCGACCAGCCAGCCCAGCCAGAACCAAGAGAAGCAGCAGCAGCAGCACAUAGAGUGCGUGGUGUGCGGGGACAAGUCCAGCGGCAAGCACUAUGGCCAGUUCACUUGUGAAGGUUGCAAGAGCUUCUUCAAGCGAAGUGUCAGGAGGAACCUGUCUUACACUUGUCGUGCCAACAGGAACUGCCCUAUAGACCAACACCACCGCAAUCAGUGUCAGUACUGCCGGCUCAAAAAAUGCCUCAAAGUUGGCAUGAGACGGGAAGCCGUACAGAGGGGCAGAAUGCCACCUACACAGCCUACCCAUGGCCAGUUCGCCUUGACAAACGGGGACCCUCUCAACUGCCAUUCCUACCUAUCCGGAUAUAUUUCUCUUCUCCUGAGGGCAGAACCCUACCCGACCUCUAGAUUUGGCAGCCAAUGCAUGCAACCCAACAACAUUAUGGGCAUCGAGAACAUUUGUGAACUGGCAGCCAGGAUGCUCUUCAGUGCCGUGGAAUGGGCACGGAAUAUUCCCUUCUUCCCAGACCUGCAGAUCACAGACCAAGUGGCACUGCUAAGGCUGACCUGGAGUGAGUUAUUUGUCCUGAACGCUGCCCAGUGCUCCAUGCCACUCCAUGUUGCCCCUCUCCUGGCCGCUGCUGGUCUCCACGCUUCCCCCAUGUCUGCGGACAGAGUGGUGGCCUUUAUGGACCACAUACGAAUCUUCCAAGAGCAAGUGGAGAAGCUCAAAGCAUUACAUGUGGACUCGGCUGAAUAUAGUUGUUUAAAAGCUAUAGUUCUCUUCACUUCAGAUGCCUGUGGUCUGUCUGAUGUGGCUCAUGUGGAAAGUUUGCAGGAGAAAUCGCAAUGUGCAUUGGAAGAGUAUGUUAGAAGCCAAUAUCCCAACCAACCAACCAGAUUUGGCAAACUCUUACUCCGUCUACCUUCUCUCCGCACUGUGUCCUCUUCUGUCAUAGAGCAAUUGUUUUUCGUCCGUUUGGUAGGUAAAACCCCUAUAGAAACCCUCAUUAGAGAUAUGUUACUCUCUGGAAGCAGUUUCAAUUGGCCCUAUAUGUCCAUACAAUAAGUACUGAAUGGGGGAAAAUGGAGGGCAAAACAAAAACAAAAAGACUUUUUUUGGGGGCCGUUUGCUUAAAGUUUUCUUCUACUAAAGGCUGUUACAAGUUUACUUACAGAAGAGGGAGAAAAAAAAUUAUUGGACUGUGAAUUUAAAAAAAAUAAAAACAAAAAAGACUAUGAUGAACUCUUACAUAAUGCAUUUAAAACUGUCUCGUUCAGAACAACUUGCUACUUUUUUUUUUUUUUUUGUAAAAAAAAAAAAAAUAUCACAAACAAAAAACAGGAAAUUUUAGUCAUUUUUUUUUUUUUUUUUGGUAAAAUAUCGCUUAUAAAGUGCAUUUAUGGAAUUGUGGAGGAAAUUAGCAAGAAAGAAAGUUCUUUUUUUUUUUCCAAAUUUUAAAAUUGUCCUGUGUCUAUGUAUCUAUAGCUGUUUUCUUUCCUUUUUUGUAUUUUCCUGGUUCCAAACCAGUUUACUCUGUGGUUCUAUUCAAGUUUUUUUUUUUCAUAUAUUUAUAUAUAUAUAUAUAUAUAAAUAUAUAUAUAUUCUUGACUUAAGAAAGAGGAAAAAACUGUAUCCUUAAAAUUAUAUGUUCUGUAAGAAUUAAAACAAAGUCCAUGAAAGUAUCAUAGGAAAAAAAAUGGAACUUAAAUGUUUAAAAGGAACUUAAGUUGGAAGCGCACUUAUAAGUGAUGAGCCUAAUUUAAUUAUUGAACGCCAGAUCUGUAAUUAUAUCCCCCAUUUGAACCACAUAAGUCUCUUCACUACACAAACAGAUUUUUUUUUUUUUUUAAUAUUAUUAUAAUUAUUAUUAUUUUAUUUUCACAAAUAAACUGUGGUGUUGAAGUGAAAGGGACGCUGUAUAUUAAGACAGCAAUUUAGCUAAGUACAGUUUUUUUUUAUUAUUUUUUUUUUUUUUGGAGGGAGGAGGGGGCAAUUGUGUUCUUUGCAGUAUUCUCCAAAUGUUCUGAAGCUCCUAUAACUGUUUGUAUAUUUGCAAAUUCCUUUGUAUUAUAAUUGUUGAUAUUUCCAUUUUUUUUUUUUUAAAGAGGAAAAGAUACAAUUCAAAUCAGCAUGUCAGAUAACACUGUUGGCACUUAUAAAUAAUGUGAUUGAUUCGGUAUCUAGAUUUUACAGUUUUGUGUUAAAAACUGAAGGUUUAUAUAUUUUUUUUUUUUUGUUUUCGAUUUUUUUUUUUUUUUUUAAGUGCAACUUUUUUUCUGUAUACUGUAAAAGUUAUAAUAACUGAACUGUUUGGUCAAGUCUUUGUGUGUUAUAUUCCAAGAAAAAAAAUGAAAGUAUUCAGAAAUUAAACUAUUAUUUGAUAUCUGAAAACCCUUUGGCUGUGACAAGUGUCUUUUAAAAAAAAAAAAAAAUGACCCUCAUUGCAUUUUGUUUUAUUGAGAGGGGGGGGGGUUUAACCUGUUCUGCGUUGGGGACCCAUGCUAUGAAGUGUCUGCUUUGCAGAAGGGGUUAAAGUGACUAGUGUUGUCCCUCCACUAUGUUUGUCCAAACGUGUAGCAGUGUAUUUGCAUGCCUAAUUCGACAGGAAACGCUUAAACCAAUGGUUUAUCUAUGGUUUAAGAGGUGCUGUACAAUAUUGCAACCCAUUCUUAGUAACCUAAUCCCCCUUGUUUAAUUAAAAAUGGAUUUCCAAGAGAAAAAAAAAAGGCCCGUACUUUUAAGUGCCUGUAGAGCUAUUUUAGCGAAGUAUAUUGUUAAACUUAUCCAAAAAAAAAGUAAAAAAAAAAAGAAAAGAAAGAAAAAGGUCGUCUGCAUCUAUUUUAUGAACGUGAAAAAAUAACUAUUUUGUAAAUAUCUGGUAUACACGCACAUGAUAUUUGAGACAGAUUUGUAUAUACAGCUCAGUUGCUUUAUAUUGAGUUUUUGUUAUUAUUAUAAUUUCUUUUUUUUUUUUUUUUUCAUCUCGUGGUCCAACAAUAUUUUUUCUUGAUCAUUGGGGGUUGACUUAGCUUAGAGAGCUGAGGGUCUUUUUAAUAGUCUAUUUAAAAAAAAAAAUAAGUAACAUCCCUUUUUGGUAUGCCAGGGUGGUAGUUUAAAAAAAAGAGAUAAUAAGAAAAAGUAUUUUUUAUUAUUUUUUUUGUCUUAGUCGGUCUAUCAUUAUCUAGAUGCCAAUGGAUCAAAAAAAAGCCCAACUUGCUUCGCUAGAUUAGGGAGGCAUGCUGGGACAUGUAGUGCUUUGUCAGCUGGAAAGUUGCAGAUGCCCCCCUUGCCCUCCCCCCUAGACUGUGCACACAUCACCUUAUAAGCCUCCUGUCCAUUAUAAGACUUUCUUCUUAGACAUGAUAUUUUGUACCAAAAAAAUAAAAUAAAAAAAUAAAACGGGCCAUAUUUUCAAUAUACGGAAAGGUCACUUUAAUUUAUUGUAAAUGCACGCCAGGACUUAUGGACUCUUUGAUUGAUUGGGAUUGAUGAUGGCGUUUAAUAUGCACUCAUGUAUGUAUAAACACACAUCCUACACAUACAUAUGCAUCCAUAGACACACACACACACAUACAUACACACUCUGGGAGACGAGAGUGAGCUGAGAAUUACAUUUGCAGAGUAUUGCUGACCUCUAGGUUUAGGUUCCUCUAUUGCAAGUCAUUUUUUUUUUUGUGAGUGUAUGAAGUUUUUUUGUAUUCAAAGUAAAGAGAAAAAAGAAAAGAAAAAAAAAGAACAAUUCGCAGAAUCUCGUUUUUUUGUGUUAGCUUGUUGUAAAACAUGUGUUGUAAAUUGUCAUUGAUAUUAAAUUAUAAUUUAUGAAUUUGAAAAUCAAAAAA